CAGUUCUGUGUGUUGUGACAUUCUAGACGUGAAGUUGUGAACACGUCAGUAAAGACUGUUGAACAUUGAGUGAACAUCGACUGUCUUUCUUGCGCAGCAAACGCAAGUGCUGCAUCAACAGACUCCUUGGCAGAACGCGAGGAGGGCAGAGGGGUACUGUGACGACGAUUUUAGUAAUGUCUCUUGAGAAAUAACAUUAUAGCGUCUCUAAACAUGACUUCGGUGUGGAAGAGACUUCAGCGUGUCGGCAAGAAAGCGUCGAAGUUCCAGUUUGCGGUGACUUUUCAAGAACUGACAGUAGAAUGCACGAAGAAAUGGCAGCCAGACAAACUGAGAGUAGUAUGGAGCAGGAGAAACCGGAGAAAUUGCACCAAGCUGCAUGGGUGGCAGCCUGGCAUCAAGAACCCCUACAGGGGCACGGUGGUGUGGCAGGUGCCCGAAAACCUGGACAUCACCGUCACACUCUUCAAGGACCCGACUGCAGAUGAAUUUGAAGACAAGGACUGGACAUUCAUCAUUGAGAAUGAGACUAACAAGGGCCACAGGAAGGUGCUGGCGUCGGUGGACGUCAACAUGAAGAAGUUUGCCAGCGCCACCCCUGCCCAGUACGACCUGACGCUGAAGCCCAAGCCCCUGUCUGUGAAGGUGGUGGAAGCCACACUCAAACUGACCUUGACCUGCGUCUUCCUCAAAGAGGGCAAGGCCACAGAUGAGGACAUGCAGAGUCUGGCCAGUCUGAUGAGCCUGAAGCAGAGUGACAUCGGCAACCUGGACGACUUCAACGAUAGUGACGAGGAGGAGGGCGAGAGGAGGGUCAGCAUCGGAGCCGGCAUGGGCCCCGCCACUCCCGUCACAGCACCCACGAGAAGAAUACGUGAUCAGGCAUGGAGGCCUGUGAUUGACCCAGAGCCCACAGAGUUUCAGAGGCAGUUGAGCACUCUGACAGAGGAGGAAUACAGCACUGCCACAACUCCCAACCACACUGCUGAAAUGAUCAGUAUUGCCAGUCAGAGGCCAGACCCAUCAACAUCCACACUUGACCCAUUGGCUAAGCCCUUUGGGACAACAGUCCAUGAGAGAAGGCAGGAGGCAUUCUCAAUGUUUGGAGUGGAGGUUGUCCAGGCAAUGGCAGGCCCUUCAUGUCAGUCUCCCAUCCAAGUGGGACAGACAUUGCGGUAUGGGAUGGGAGCAACUGUUGACAAUGAGCCAAAAGAGCCAGACCACAGCCAGACCACUUGUGAGGUUGUGGCCCUGGCAAAGUGUCAAGUUGUAGAGGACUUGGAGAUGAUAUGUAAGGAAGAAAUGGAAGAGGAAGUCAUAGAGUCAGGCUCCGGAAUAGAGCAUUCUGGGAAGGAAGAGGUUACUGUGGCUAGGCAGGUGGAAGUGUAUGAGAUGCGACCUGAAAACAUGGUUUCUCUGCCGCCAUCAUGCCUAAGAGUUGCCAGUGCACCAGGGUUUCUAUCCACUCAAGCAUCCUGUUCAGAGGCUCAGUUAGAAUACCGUCCAGUGGACAAUAGCAUAUUAUGGGAGAUGCCAAGAAAGGAUGGGUCAGAGCUCUCUAUCGAAAGAUCAAAAGAGAAGAGAGACACGGUGAGAGGAAUGGCAGAUAUGGUCUCAUCUUGUCCAAGCACUGUCAGCAUUCCGGGAUUUCUGUCUCCACAUCUGUCCAAGGAAGCCAAGUUAGAGAGGGAACCUAGCAUGGCAGAUCUAAUGCUAUCCUGCCCAAGAUUGGCUGGCACACUCGGAUUCCCUUCUCUUGAAAGUCAAGUAAAGGAGUGUACAAUCAACAUUGAGGCCAUUUGGGAGAAGCCCCCGAAGGGGAAAAAAAGGAUGGCCUUUAUGUCCACUCCACAUUUGGACAGAUUAAACGAAGACAAAGAGCUAAUGAAACACAUGGUGGCUCUGGUACCAUCAUGUCCUACUACAACAAGUAUUCCUGGCUUCCCCUCUGCACCACAUCCCAAAGCUGAGGUAUAUCCUAGUAUGUUGAGUCUUGUGCCAGCGUGCCUUAAAGUGUCCAGUCCCCCGGGUUUUGCAUCCACUGGGGGGGCUACAACAUUAGAGUGGCUUGUUAACCCAAAGUCUAUGUUUGAGCACUUGCAGAAAGAUAAGGAGAAUAAAGAAGAAAACGUUUUUCCAAAAUACAGAUCGAAAGAACACAAUGAGAAAGUUAAAGCAAUGGUUGCUAUGGUGUCAUGUGUCUCAGAUGUAUCCACGAUUCCUGGCUUCCCCUCUGCUCCACAUCCAAAAACUGAGGUGGGGCCAAGUAGUGUGCAUCUUGUUCCCUCCUGCACUAAGGUUUUUAGUCUCCCUGGUUUUCCAUCCAUUGAGAAGGAUAGGUGGGCAGGGUGGGUUGUUGACCAGGGGCCAUUGUUGAAGAGACCACUAAAGGAGAGGAAAGUCAUUAUUGACAGCUCAAAAGCAGACCAAGAGGAAAUGAAAACCAAUGUUCCUUUGAGGCUAUCAUGUCCACACGCUGCAAGGAUCCCUGGCUUCCCAUCUGUACCACAACCCGAUAGGAUGAUUAUUUUGCCUGCUUGCUCUAAAGCUUCCAGUGAGGUGGCUCUGGUACCAUCAUGUCCUACUGCAGCAAGUAUUCCUGGCUUUCCCUCUGCACCACAUCCCAAAGCUGAGGUAGAGCUAAGUAUGUUGAGUCUUGUGCUCGCUUGCCCCAAAAUGUCCAGUCUCCCUGGUUUUGCAUCCACUGAUGGGGCUACAGCAUUAGAGUGGCUUGUUGACCCAACAUCUAUGUUUGAGCACUUGCAAAAGAAGAAGGAAGAGGAAGAAAACAUUCUCCCAAAAGUCAUCGGCAAAACGAAAGCAAUGGUUGCUUUGGUGCCAUGUUGCCCAGAAGAAGGCAGGAUUCCUAGCUUCCGCUCUGCACCACAACCUAAGAGGGAGCUUAAUAGUGUGGAUCUCACGCGAUCUUGCCCCAAAAGCUCCAGUCUCCCAGGUUUCCCAUCGACGGCCAACGUCCAGACAGGAGAUUGGCACGUUGAACAGAAGCCUUUGUUUGAGAAGAAGCUGAAAGAUAAAACCGUAAUAAUCAAAGAUAGGUCACCAGAAGACAGAGCAAAUAGGGUGUCACUGGCGCCAUCUUGCCCAUGUGAGAGUCUCACUUCUGGGUUCCCGUUCUUUACACAACUAAAAGCAAUAGAAGAACAAACCGUGUUUUCCCUAAUGCGAGCUUGUCCAAGUGAAUCUAGAGAACCAGGAUUACCUUCUAGACAGCCAUCUGAAUUAGCUCGAACCCAGGGAGAAGAAUCUGUGAGUUCUAUGCAGCCAAUGUGGGAAAAACCAUUGAAGGAUAAUAGGUCAGAGGAUAUGGUGCUUUCCAAGCCUGACCUAAGCAGUGCAGUUGGAGAUGAAAACCUAAAAACGUUGCUUGCACUGGUACCAUCUUGCCUCGAGGCAGCAAGCUUUCCUGGUUUCCCGUCUGCCCCUCCUCACAGUCUAGAGUCUAUAGAGGCAAAUGAGACAAGUAUGCAGACAGAGAAGAGAGAGGUUACUGGAGAACCAGCAGAGUGUGUUCUAGAUAAGGGUGUCCUCGGCAGCCCACAAAUAGAGAAAAUCCCAUCUGAGGAAAUCCAGAAGUCCUCUGCAGUGUUAGAACCAGAGCUGGUCUUAGGAUGGGAGGUGUUGGAGGCUGAGGGGUCUGUGGCAGAGAAGCAGCAGGAGGCCUCUGGCCUAGUACAGACCAUUUUUGGUGUCUUCUCCAGGGGUUAUGAAACAGUAGCAGCCAUGCUGGGUCCGUCUGGCUCCUCUCCAACAGAAGGUGCAGCCCCAUCAGAGAGCUCCUCUGAACCUGUCCCAGAUACAUCUACCCUCGUCCAGGAAGCAGUGUCUGGAAAGGCACCGCACCUUGAGGGUGAAACCAAAAAAACAAUUGAACUCCCAACCACCGCUGAGCCAUGCUUGUUGAAUAUGGAAGACCAACAGUCAAUGAGUGAGGCAAUGAGACAAGACACUGAGGAUGGGUUUGUUCAAGUCCAAGAUCUAAGCAGUAUGAGAAAAUGGCCGUCAUUGACAGAGGCUGACCUUACUGAGAUCUCCAGAGGAAAAUUUGUGGUAGCUGGGGAAGAAGAGAUUUACCUUGACUUGUGGGCGCAAAUAGGGGAGAAAUCGACGUUAAAAGCACAGGACUCUGGACAGAUAACAGGUUAUGUUGACAUUUAUUCAGCCGGGUCACCUGUCGAGACAGAAUUAUCAACUUCAUUACACCAGGACAAGGGCGCCCAACAUGCAAGCACAGAGGAAGCCUCUGCCCCUACCUCACAACCUACUACAGACAAGUUGCUGUUAGAGGACAAGGCUCAAGAACAUAUAGUCCCCAUCCCAGAUAAACCCUCUGAUGAUCAGACACUCACCUCAGAUGAAACACAAUCGGAAGUUGCCCUUGUUGUCGCUGGCCAGGCUGUCCCUGCACAGGUAACAACUGAACUGGUCGCUCCUCAUCAUGCAAAGAAACGAGACGGUAGUCUUCCUCCAGAAACACAACAGGAAGCUGAUGAUCAAGGGAUUGUUUCUAAGGUAGUCCCUUCACGGCCUCCAAGGAGAAAAGACUGUCUCACUUCAGAGCGCAAACAGAAAUCUGAGAAUGUAUCUGUACAGAAGCCCACUGAAGUGAGAGGAGACCGUGUUCUUUCAACAGAACCUCUAAAGAAAGAUGAUGUCCAGAAGGGUUUUACUGCCCAGGCACCAGAGGAGAUGGUACCAUCACAUCCUGGUAGGAAAAUAGAUUGUUGUCUUUCAACAGAGCCUCAACCAAAGACUGAUGCCCCUGUCCAGGUGCCCACUGAACUGGUCCCUCCUCGCCGUACUAAGACAAGCCUCACUAAAGAGACACCACAGGCAACCGCCGUUAUCCCAGCUCCACGCACAAGGGGAACCUAUAGUGCUUCCAGUGCAGAACGUUCACAGAAACCUGGCCAGGGAGCCACUGAACUGAUUCUACCAUGGCCUGUGAAGAAACAAAACAGCUUCACUCCAGAGCCAUAUCAGAAAGCUGAUGAGCCAGAGAAUGUGAUUGCCCAGGCGGUCGCUAAGCUGAUUCCACCUCAACGCACCAGGAAAGCAUCUCUCUCUCCCGAACCGCGACCGAAAGCUGACGAUUUAAAGACUGUUACUGGUAAGGCCACAAUUGUUCCCCUAACUCCAUAUCAUGUACCUACAGAGUCAUACCCCGAGUUUGGUGUGGGAGAGACUGCCCCCCUCUCGAUCAUCAGAAAAAUUGCCCCGCCCAGGCGCAGCAAAAGAACUCAUUCUCCCCCAGUGGAAUCAAGGAAAGCAGAGGAUGGCGCAGAUGAAGCUAUGGCUUUAGAGGCCCUGAAUGCUGCCAACCAGGGGUCUACAGCUCCAGCCCAGAUACAGGAUCUUAUGAUAACCUUUUCAAAGGAGUCUGAGGUGGAGACGCAGUCUCCGGAAGUGACAGAAACAGCCACUGAGUCACUCGAAGAUGAGCCAGCUCAGAAGUCCUCACCAGAAGUUACAGACCCAUUCGAAAAGGUUGAGGCGGAGAAGCAGACCUUGGAAGUGAUUGAAACAACCAAUGAUUCACUUGAAGAUGAGCCAGCUCAGAAGGCCUCAACAGAGGACAUUGCACCAGGAAUAAAGAUGAAAGGCAAGCAGGAGAUCUUUCCAGUCCCAAAGCCUCGUGGGAAACAAGACCCAACCCCACCUGUCCAAACAGAUGCUACCCGACCAAAGACCUGGCAUGCCUCUAUUGGGGAUAACACCCAGUCUACCAGAGAUGGACGACAGUCACCUGCAGCCUCUGGGCUGGUACCACCUCAACGCAACAAGAGGAGCAGUAGUCUUCCUCCCGUACCCCCUCGUGGCCAGCUUGCAGCAUCUGGGGAAGUGGUGGUUGCUCCUCUGCGUAAAAGGAGCAGUAAGCUAAACAUAAAACAAUCGAGCAUGCCUGUUCCAGUUCCCCGCUCUAAAAAAUGCCUUAGUUCCUCUUUUUCUGAUGGAAAUCCUCCAAUGGACUCCUCAUUCACCAGGCAGACGGACUCCCUUGAGGGCUCACUGUCUCUCUCUCAGGAAGACAAACAAGACACCAGUCAGGAAGCCUCAGAGGGUUCAAUAUCAUUAACCUCAAACAUGGCCUCCGAUGGGAGCUUUGUCACUAUUUCUCGCUCAGAGAUGUCACCAGAAGUACAACUCUGUGAGAAGGGACUGGAGGAGAGCGGGGAGAGCUGGAUCUUCACAGAAACCACUAUGUUCACAGAGGCCUUCACAGAAACUGCUAUGGUCAGUGAGUUCUUCGUAGACACUGUAAGAGAGGACAUUGAGAGGGGUUCAGAGGUAGAGGCUGACUUUGAGAAGGGACUGGAGGAGAGCAUGGAAAGCUGGACCUUUACAGAUACUACCAUGGUCACUCAGGCUUUCACAGAAACCCCUAUGGUCACUGAGUUUUUUGAAGACACUGUAAUCAAGGAUAUUGAGAGAGGUUCAGAGACAGAAGUGCUUGACAUGACCUCUCCAACCACCGGUACACCAGCUGAGGACGACUGGUUACAUGUAGAGGGAGCCAAAGAGACAGAGCAGAUGGAGGUAGAGAGCAAAGACAUGUGGGUUGAAGAGAUGGACUUUGGCUUUGAGUCAGUAGACAUAUCUGCUGGUGGCUUAGAUGAGGAGAGACAGCAGGGGGCAGCAGACGAGCCAACAACGCCUAAAGGCAGAGCUGUAAACUCUCAGGAAGCGGGUCUAGGCAGUGCUGAAUCCCCAGAAGGCCUCAUGGCCAGUCCUGGCCUUGUUACCUCCAGCCAGUCCCUACUGGAGUGGUGUCAGGAAGUCAUCAAAGAACACAAGGGGGUCAAGAUCACCAACUUCAGCACAUCCUGGAGGAACGGCCUGGCCUUCUGUGCCCUGCUACACCACUUCCACCCGGACAGGAUAAACUUUGAGAUGCUGGACCCUUAUGACAUCAAGCGCAACAACAAGAAGGCCUUCGACGGUUUCGCAGAGUUGGGCAUCUCUCGGCUGAUAGAGCCCUCGGACAUGGUCCUCCUGGCCGUGCCUGACCGCCUCAUCGUCAUGACCUACCUCAACCAGAUCCGCACCUACUUCACGGGCCAGGAGCUGAGUGUGCUGCACAUUGAGGCGGACAGCAGUGAGUCCAGUUACGGCAUGGCCGGGGAGAGCCGGGAGGGCCCCGACCCGGAGGCCGCCGCACGCUACUGUCAACGGAUCCAAGAUGAGGCCCUCACAAUGGAGACCAAUGUGGGCGCUGCAGAGAAGAAGGCAGAUAGUGACACUAAGGAGGGCACCAAUAGGGAAGUGGUCCCACCCCCUAGAACCAAACGGCUGCAGGCUGCAGGGGAAGCAGGAGGGGCCCAAGCCCCCGUCGUACCCCCCAGGACACAUUUUUUAUCUGCCAAGUCUGGGUUCUCCCACCUAAAGGAUGUAGAUCUGGUUAAGAAACGACGGUCACAACGCAGGUCAAUAGACGAGGCAGACUCAACCGAGUUACAGGUUGCUGCAGCACAGGAAGAGAGUGGAGCUGACAGAAUAAAAUUGGAAACAGGAAGGACAGCUGUUGAAGAAGGACGAUCGGCUGAGGAGGACACCAGCCAGUAUGUGCUGAGGGAGAUGCAGGCCCUAGAGUUUGAACAGAAGCACAUUGACAGCAGGGCAGACAUUGUGGAAAGUAGUCUACGGCGACUGAUGGAGUCAGGUGAGAGGAGGAUGGAGAAAGAGAAAGAAAAAUACCCUUGUAAUGAUGCCCUCUCUGUCUCCAUACAUGUAGGUAGUGACAAGAUGCAGGAGGAGAAGCUAAUUCAGGAGUGGUUCACUCUGGUCAACAAGAAGAACGCCCUCAUCAGGAGACAAGACCAACUACAGCUACUGCAAGAAGAGCAGGACCUGGAAAUGAGGUUUGAGAUGCUGAACCGAGAGCUGAGAGACAUGAUGGCUAUUGAAGAGUGGCAGAAGACAGUGGCCCAUAAACACAGGGAGCAGCUGCUACUGCAGGAGCUGGUGUCUCUGGUCAACCUGAGGGACGAGCUGGUCCACGACAUGGACGCCAAGGAGAAAGGGGCUCUGGAGGAGGACGAGAGGCUGGAGAGAGGCCUGGAGCAGAGACGAAGGAAGUACAGCAAGAAGAGCAAGCAGGAAAAGUGUGCACUGCAGUAAGGCCUGGCGUUGGACACACCCGAACCAGUGGAAGGUCACACCUGAACCAGGCAGCCCAGUGGAAGGUCACACCCGAACCAGGCAGCCCAGGGGAAGGUCACACCCGAACCAGGCAGCCCAGUGGAAGGUCACACCCGAACCAGGCAGCCCAGUGGAAGGUCACCUGGGUGCACAUUGGGACUAAAGUUGUAUGUGUGUGGAUCAUGACAUCAACACUGCAUGGAAGAGACUGAGAACUGUGUUAUGGGACUGCACUAGGAGGACAUUAAACAAUGUUCACUCACCCCCCUCUAUGAUAUGACUGAGCCUCAUUGCAACCUAUGACUGGUUGUCAACAGUCACCCUGCUCUUCAAUUUGUGUUUUGAUUGGAUUUAAGUUUAGUUUUUUUGUGCAUAGUGUGUGUAUACUGUUGGGUUUUAAUUUUGAGUAAAUAACUCAAGGACACUAGAGAAGCUUAACCAAGUUGAAUUCUUCCAAAAGGGUCGAUAUAGCUGUAAUUCAGACAAAGACAUAGCUUCCCCCGCGGCAGGGUAGCCUAGUGGUUAGAGCGUUUGGACUAGUAACCGAAAGGUUGCAAGUUCGAAUUCCCGAGCUGACAAGGUACAAAUCUGUCGUUCUGCCCCUGAACAGGCAGUUAACCUAGUCCUAGUCAUUGAAAAUAAGAAUUUGUACUUAACUGACUUACCUAGUUAAAUAAAGAAAUUAGUAAAAAAAUGUACUUCAGGUCACAAAGACAUAUCCCUAACGAACUAAUCACCAGAUUAAGUGCCUUACACUUUUAGAAAAAAGCAUUCCAAAAUGGUUCUUCAACUGUCCCCAUAGGAUUUUUGGUUCCAGGUAGAACCUUUUUUGGUUUCAGGUAGAACCCUCUCGGGUUUUACAUGGAACACAAAAGGGUUCUACAUGGAAUCAAAAGGGUUCUACAUGGAAUCAAAAGGGUUCUACCUGGAACCAAAAAUAGUUAUUCAAAAGGGUUCUCCUAUGGGGAUAGCCAAUUAACCGUUUUAGGUUCUAGAUAGCACCUUUCUUUCUAAGAUACUGUAGAAUCUGUUACAGUAGUGUAUUAUGGGUUACUUCAAAAAGGUAUUUUCUACUGAAUGGGAUAUUAGGGAAGGGGCAGGGCUCCUGUACUUAGCUACAUCAAAUACCUACAUUAGACCCAUGCGGCAGGUGGAUUGAUUCACCCCUUUUCACCUAUUGUUAAAUAAGCAGUCUGAUUAUUGAAAAUUACAAUGGCGAAAUGGAAGUGAAAUGCUGAAUUUGUGCAAAAAAAGAAUGCCAAAACGAGCUUCCUCAUUUAUUGCAGUAUGUUGGCUUGGACUGUGCAGACAGCACACAGCGAGCACCUGUUGUCUGAUUCUUCAUUGAGGUGAAUGUAUGUGGAUGCUCCAACACUCAAGCAGAGUGGGAGAUCUUGGAUGAAAGAGGCAAAGGACAGAAGUCAGUAUACUGCAGCUUGGUGUCUGAAAGAACAAAGCAGUUUAAACGUGUUGGAAAUAUUUGAAGCUUUUAUUUAUUGAAUAGGUAUUCGACAGAUAAUCCUACCUAUCCUGCCUGUCAUAUGUGCCUUUACCAGAUCCAGAGUAAAAAACAAAUGUUCAGAAGUAGGACUCAACUUUGUGUUCCUAGUUCUCAAAUGUUUAUGCAGUGAGUUCAGUUACUGUUUGUGACAUUAGUCUUGUCAUGCCUUGUUUUCCAUUGAUUGUUUGUUGUUGUUUCGAAAGGUAAAUAAGGAAGCGGUGGAGUCUGAAAAUGAUCCAUUUCAAGAUGCUCUAAAAUGCUAGAGAACAGGAAUAUUCAAACGGAAAACAUGAGGCAAAUGCAUGUUUCUUAGUGUUUCCAUCUUAACCGUACAACUAUCAAUUGCUAUAGUCUUAUGCACAUUCUUAUUAGCAAAUCUGUAACAUGCAAAAGUGUAUGCGUUAAAUGAAUAACCCUCAUACAUGAUACAAAAAAUACACUUUAGCUAAAAUAUAUUCUAGUAUUAAAACUCCAGCACUUCGCUACAGCAGGAUUACUGCAGAUGUAGGAUCUGAAUUUGAGCCAGUUUUCUACAGCAGGAAAAUAAUCUUGCUGCAACAGGAAAUGUGAAUUAUUAUGUGGAUUAUAAGUAAUGGACAUUUUGUAUGGGGUUGAUACAUUUAUAAUUAUGGCAAAUCAAGUCUGAAAUUUCAAAGUGGAAAUUACAAACAUUAGAAGCAUUUUUAAAACUCAAAUACACUACAAGUUUGUGUUUCCUGCAACAAAAGAGUGAUCAAAUGAAGAUCCUACAUCUAUAUUAUUGGCCAGGCAGGAGUGCACCAGAGCAUGAUAUUUGCUUGACAUCUUCUCCACUACACUUUGUGUAAUGUUAAGUUAUCAUGAGCGCAGGCGUUUCUAUUUCAGUGGGAGGAACUACUUAACAGAGUAAAAACAUGAUUCUGUCCGGAGUUAUUUUUUAGAAGGUUUUGAAUUUGUGUUCCAGCUUGUUCCCCCUCUGCCCCACUGUUGUUAGUUACUGUGUUAAUGUUCCUACCACUGUGUGAGUUUGAGAGAUUUUACUUUCAGUUUUCUGAAAUAGCUUUUGGGGAAGGUUUUGUUUAUUUUAAUGUACAUUUGCACUAUUUGUGAUGUUUGGAGAAUUAAAAGGUAUCUUGGAUCAGUA